UCUCACAACUCUGGGCCCGCGCCAAGCCCCGCCUGCCGCUCGUCCCAGAUCUCGAAGAAAUGCUCCAGUUGCCAGCGAAUGAUGGAAUAUGCGAAAGAUUUAGGCGAAAGCUAACAGGUGCGCACCUGCCGGAACAGUCUUGGAGACCACGGGAGGGGAAAGAUGUGAACCAAACGGCGCGUGGGCCAUGGCUCGGAUCUGGGCGGUCGUGGGCGAUCCAACGGGGGCGAGCCAAUCAGAGGUGGGGCACGUGGGUAUGAUGCACAGCGCUGCGUGGUGCGAUGCGCGCGGUGAGCUUGAAGUGAAGGUGCCGCGUCCUGGCGGCGUGCAUGCGGUAUAAGGCUGGUGGUACCCGUUUGCGGGCGCGGGGUGCCUAUCGCGCGUUUGCGGAAUUUUCAAGGUUGCGGAUAGGAUAGAGACGAUCGAGACACAGCAGCAUACAUGACCAGUUCGACAGCUUAGGUAACAACAACACCCACCACCGCCAUCAUGGCUUCUCCUCCCACCGAAACCGAGAAGAAACUCGACAUCCUCCACAACGACCCCUCACGCGACCCCGAAAAUGCCGACGAUGCGGCUUCCCUCAGCAUCGGCAAGGGCGACAUCCUCAGCCAGGAGCACCUGGACCCGGUACUCAACGCGAAGAUGCACCUCAUCAACGAUGCGAUUGAUGAGAUUGGGUUCACGACGUACCAGUGGAAGUUGUUUGUGCUGAACGGGUUUGGCUACGCGGUGGAUAGCUUGAUCUUGCUGAUCCAGAGUAUCAUCGCGGGACAGGCGGCGCUGGAGUUCCAUCCAGGGUGGGGAAAUGGACUGACGGUUGCGGCGUAUGUGGGAAUGUUGGCGGGAGCGAGUUUUUGGGGUAUCAGUGCAGACAUCAUCGGCAGGAAGUUUGCGUUUAAUGUGAGCUUGAUGAUCUGCUCUAUCUUCGCGAUCGUGGCUGGGAGUAGUCCGAAUUGGAUUGUGCUGGGGCUGUUUGUGUGUUUGAGUAGUUUUGGUGGAGGAGGGAAUUUGGUGCUGGAUACCGCGGUUUUCUUGGAGUAUCUGCCGAGUCGCAAGCAGUGGAUGCUUACGCUCAUGGCCUGCUGGUGGGGCGUCGGUCAGUUGAUCGCGGGCUUCUUCGCCUGGGCUUUCAUCCCCAACUUCUCCUGCGAAGAUCCCUCCGUCAAUCCGGAUGCCGAACCCUGUACCUAUGCCAACAACAAAGGCUGGCGCUACGUAUGGUUUGCCUCGGGCGCACUUGUCUUCAUCAUGAGCAUCCUCCGCAUUACCGUCAUGCGUCUCCGCGAGACCCCCAAAUUCCUCAUCGGCGAGGGCCGUGACGCAGAAGCCGUCGAAACACUCCUCUUCAUCGCAAACAAGUACAACCGCCCGUGCUCCCUCACCCUCGAUAAGAUGACUGCGUGUGGCGAGACGACCCUGCGCAAAGGCAGCAAAUGGGGUGCCGGCGAAAUCGGGAUCCAUCUGAAGGGUCUCUUCUCCACGCGCCGCAUCGGCACCUCGACGUCUCUCAUCUGGCUUUCUUGGAUCCUCAUCGGGCUCGCCUACCCGCUGUACAACGUCUUCCUCCCGCAGUACCUCAACUCCCGCGGCGCGCAGUUCGGCCAGAAGAGCGCGUACAUCACGUGGCGCAACUACACGCUUGUGAACUUUAGCGGUAUCUGGGGUCCCGUGCUAGCGGGAUGGAUGUGCAGUCGGCCGUGGCUGGGGCGGAAGUACACGAUGGUGGUGGGCGCGCUGGUGACGUGUGUGUUCUUCUUCGCGUACACGCAGGUACGCUCCGAGACCCAGAAUACCGCCUUCACCUGCGUCGUCAACUUCUGCCUCAACAUCUACUACGGCACUUUGUACGCCUACACGCCCGAGGUGCUGCCCUCGGCGCACAGAGGCACCGGCAAUGGGCUUGCUGUUAGCGGGAAUCGGGUCAUGGGCAUUCUGAGCGCGGUCAUUGCCACAUAUGCGGAUACGGGGACCGCGGUGCCCAUUUACAUCUGCGCGGCGUUGUAUGUGGUCAUGGCGGGGAUUGCGGUGCUGUUUCCGUUUGAGCCGUAUGGGAGGCGGAGUUCGUGAGUUCAACGUAGUGGGGCAAAGGGCAGAGGUGGAGAUGAGCUACCCGUAGAGAAGCGAUGGAUAUGUGUAGCAAAGGGCAUCGUAGCGAAUUUCCAGAUCCGGGUCAAGGAUCAAAAUGGU